GAAUGGUAAAGAUGUGGUAUACAUAUAUGUGUGUAUACACACACAUACACAAUGGCAUACCAUUCGAUUUUAAUAAAGAAGGAAAUCCUAGAAUUUGAACAACCUGGAGGAUAUUCCACUAAGCAAAAUAAGCCAGACACAGAAAGACAGGUACUUCAUGCUCCUACUUAUAUGUGGAAUCUAAAAAAGUCAACUCAAACUCAUGGUAACAAGAAGACGAAUGGUCAUUACCAAUGGCUGGGGGAUAGAGGAAAUGAGAUACUGGUCAAAGGGUAUAAACUUUUAGUUAUAAGAUGAAUGAGUUCUGGAGACCUCAUGUACAGCAUCGUAGCUAUAGUUAAUAAUUAUGUCUACUUCAAAUUUGCUAAGACAGUAGAUCUUAAGUGUUUUUACCACACUCACACAAAAAUGGUAACUGAGGUGAUGAAUAUGUUAAUUAGCUUGAUUGUAGUAAUCAUUUCAUAGUGAAUACAUAUGUCAAAAAACAUGACAUUGUACAUGUUAAAUAUAUAAAACUUCUCAGUCAUACCUCAAUAAAGCUGAUAAAAAAGCUGCUAUAUUAAACUUAAACAUCAGUGUCACUGCCUUAAAGCUUACCUGUGUCUUGACUUUUGCUUUUAGUGCUGUGGGAAAAAAGAACAAAUAAUAGCAACUAUGGGAAUAAAUCUGUUCUUGGUAAACUUAGUUUACCAUAGUUGAAGAAAUAACAAAACUAAAGAAUUUUUAUGGUAGGGCUGUUUAGUUCUGAAAUUACAGAAAAAUCAUUCUUUAAAGGUAAAUUAUACAUGGGAGUGUAUAGAGUAGGUGCGAUUAAUUCACUUUUGAUAUGGGAAAAUUAUGCACAUGGAAUGUAAAGGAGUAACAGUGAUGAGUUCACUCGAAUUUAUACAUGCCUUCAAAGAGACUGUCUUAUUUCUGCUAAAAAAUGUAGAGAGCCUUUUAAAGAGUGCUUUGAGUAACAUAGUAACUGAAGUAUAGCCAAUUAAUAAUCUUGCUGAUGGAAUCUGGCAUAAAUGAAAAUAGUAAGGAUGUAAGAGGACAGAAGAAUUAAAAGCUAACAGCUUCGCCUGUCUCAAUUAGUAAAAUGAAAACUUAUGGUGUGUUUUGAAUUUUUUUGUUUUCAGAUUGAACUGGGUAAUAAUAUUAUAAACUUCAAAGUAUUUGCAUUCAUAUUCUUAAAGAUGAAGUUAUAAGCAGUUCCUCUUAUAUUGCUUUAAUAACAUCCUCUUUGUUGAUCCUGCUUUAAAAAAAUUGUUUCGUUUGUCUUUGUCCAACAUAUUACCAAAUUACCUGAAUAUAAUUUGGGAAUUUUUAUCUGCCUAGAAUAAAAAUAGCAUAUGCUUGUACUGUUACUUACAGUAGACCUUUGUAAUUCUCCCAUUAAUUCUUUCAAAAAAUUUACUAAGCGCCUAAUAUGUGCCACACACUGCUGGGAACUGAAUUAGUUAAAAGAAUGUGUGGAAGCCAGAGAAAUAUUCUUUAGAGGAAUAUUACUGACAUGAAGCCGUACCAUAUGGCCUUAAAAGCACAUCAGUAUGUAUUCGAAACUAGAGAUGUUUACUGACUUUCAUUUUGGAAAUCACUCCUACAGAAUGGCAUAGAUGAGAUGUUGAUAUUUUGUUUUUUGCUAUUUUCAUUUACAGCUAUGCCUUUAGUGCAUCUGUGUUGCUGUGUAUAUUUCUAAUUUGCUUUCACCACAUCUUACCUAUCCACUCCUCCAUGAUGGAAACCUGGAAUGCUUCUAAUUCCUUACCGUCAAAGAUGAAGCUUCAGGGUUAAGACUACCUUUCCAGAUAGUCCAACAACUAAGUCACCAAUUUCCAAGGGCAUUUGCACCACCUAUGGAAAACAUCCGAUCUGUGCACACCAGAUAUCCUUGACAACUCAUCCCGCCAUCCCCCUGCACAAAAGUUGCCGUACCAGCGGACAACGAAGGCGACCACUGAGUUUCUUUUUAUCACCAAGUAGAUAUACUAUCCCUGCCAACAAAACAGAGUACACAAAGUGUCUCUUCACAAUAUCAUGACCAGUUGAGACCCUGCUAAGAAAAUCAGCUUGCCUAGAUGAGCACCCUGUCUCUCCUUGGUUAGCCAGGAUUUGAAGGAGAGCUUCUGUCCUGUGCUGCUGGUAAGUGACUGACACUUUUACACACUGAACUGGUCCUGAGAACUGAGAUGUCUUCUUUGUAAGUGAAGAAUAUACAACAUAAUCUUGAAGAACUGCACAGUGGUGCGAGCCACAAGCAUACUGUGUGUGUGUGUAAUGGACUGAGAAACAGACAAAUUAAUCUUGUUGAAAGGAUUUUUCAUCUUUUGUUUAUUUGCCAGUGUUAGCCAGUGUUUUGCUGGCUUAGAUUGUUGCCUUUUUCUGGUUCCUUUUGUCUCUUCUCUUCUGAUGGGUCCCAGAAAUCCCUCUCCUGACCCCUUAUCAGAAUCAGAAAGUGAGGAAGAAGAGAACGCUAAGUACCUCAAUGAGAGUUCUGGGGAAGAGUGGGAUUCCUCUGAAGAAGAGGACCCUGUGGUGCCCAACCUAACGCCUCUUGAGAGUCUUGCCUGGCAGGUUAAGUGCCUUUUAAAAUACUCUACAACUUGGAAACCUUUAAAUCCUAAUUCCUGGUUAUAUCAUGCUAAACUCUUGGAUCUAAGCACACCGGUCCAUAUACUUCGAGAGAUAGGUCUAAGACUCUCCCAUUGUUCCCACUGUGUACCAAAACUGGAACCAAUUCCUGAGUGGCCUCCUCUGGCUUCUUGUGGAGUCCCACCUUUUCAAAAGCCCCUUAUAAGUCCCAGCCGGCUUUCUAGAGAUCAUGCCACUCUAAAUGGAGCACUGCAAUUUGCCACCAAACAGUUAAGCCGAACAUUGAGUAGAGCCACUCCCAUACCUGAAUACCUAAAACAGAUCCCUAAUUCAUGUGUGUCUGGUUGUUGCUGCGGCUGGUUAACUAAAACAGUUAAGGAAACAACCCGCACUGAACCCAUCAACACUACUUACUCCUACACUGACUUCCAAAAGGCAGUUAACAAACUCCUAACAGCAUCACUAUAAAGAUCCACCAUUUGUUCUGAUAUCUGUCAUGUUGUUACAGGAGUACAAAGUUACACAGCCUGCAGUUGAGAAACUAAUGGCUUCUCAACCAAACUAUACCCUGUCCUGACAGGCUGCAGUACUGCCAAGUACUGAAUAUUUACCCAAGAGUCCCAUAACUCUCUACAGAAAAUGUGCAUUGUGAGCAUUCCCUUUGACAGACCAUGUCAAUAAAAUGAGAACUUCAAUGGAGAAUUAGUCAAAGGGACCAUAUCAUAAAAGAUAAGUUGACUAUUCUCCACACUCAGUUCUCCCCCCAGUUAAUUCCGCCUUUCUGAAUGGACUCUAACUAAAUGUCUAAUUAUUAAUGAGACUGAAAAAGUAGGCCACUACCCCUUUUGUUACCCAACCUUAGAACAGCCAUUGUGGAAAGUGGGACGUUAGCUACUCCUAGUAAUACCUUUCUGACAUUCAUUUCUAGGGAGGUAGUUGAAGUAAAUUGAAUAACUAGACAAAAGAAAAUGGCAGGAAUAUCGAUUUAUCUCCCAGCUUUUGUAUAGACAGGCCUAUAGAUGACACCCUUUAGGGAUUCCUGUUUUUGGGGAAGGGAAUAUAGUGUCAAACUUAGCCUACACUACUCCAGACCUAUCACGGUACCUGCAGUUACAGUAUAAACAUUUAUAUCAUAGGCUCCCACCCGGGGGUCUCUAGCUAAAUUGACGUAUAAGAUCGUACCUGGGGAUUAAACAGACACUUGUUUUGUAGGCAAUAUGUUUCUUGCAUCUUGGCAGCCAAACUUUAGGUAAGAGCAAAUAAAACACAUUCUAAAAGACCAACAGAGAAGGAUUAAGAGAGCAUUUAUGCACUUUCCACAUCCAUUGCAAACUUUUUCAGGAACAUUUCUAACUUUAAAGAACCUUACUACAGAAAAUCUUAGCCUGAUAAAAUCUGAAGUUAAAGAGUUUUUUAGCGUUAUUGUUUCUACAUAGAUUAACGUUAGAUUUCCUUCUACCUAAACAAAGAAUAUGUACCCUUGUAAAUGAGUCUUGCUGUGUUUAUUUACGUGAGUAAAUAAAAUGUAUGAGACCAUUAAAUCUUUUCACACACAUACAAUGAAGAGUGAAGCCUGUGUGUGAGUCUGGUUGACUGACAUCUAAAGGGACUCAGAAGACAGAUUGUUAAAGAUAGAACAAUAUAUCCUUUUCCUUGUUUUAGUUUAACCUUUUCCUAUUCUCCAUGUUAAGUGCUGUAUGCAAUGUGGCAUCAAAAAAUCGAAGCGUUAGCGGAAUCACAAAUUUUAUAAAUGUUUAGCAACUUUAAAGAGAGAGAAGAAUGUUUAUAACUUAAUGAGUUAUUUCUUCUGAGCUUUAGUUGUCUUAAGAAAAAAAGAGGGAAUUGUAGUAGGUAGAAAAAAAUAUUUGUUAGUGGAAAAUUACUCAACUGAAACCAUAUCAUACUGUUAGUGUAACUGAAUGUAUCAGAAACUGUUCCUAUGUAGAUGUUCUGUGAAACUGGUUUUUAAAAUGUUACGAGAACCUGUUUCUUUUUUUAAGGGGGAGGUGGAACAAUGUGGGGAGGUCUAACAAUUAAAAUAUGUUGAUGUUUAUGUAACCAUAAUAUGUUUCUUUUUCUGUGGGGGGGGGGUAUAAAAGUGCCUUGCUCAUGAGCACAUUUUUUCUAUUCCCCCCAAAAGGAACCCUUUCCCCAGCUUCGCAGCUGAAUAAACCAACAGCUUUGUACGUGCUGAA